AUGGAAGCUCAAAGAAGGAACCAGCAGGAGAAACAAAGGAAGGGUCGUGCCUGUGGCGGACCGCUGCCUGAACCGCACGUGACCUCUGGGACCCUGAUCGCCACAGUAGACACGAGCCCUGAGACUUUUGGGAGACUCUCUGGUCCGGGGCUGGGGAGACCUAAGCUUUGCCCCCAGAGGGGCCGUCCCCAUUCCCGGCGUCGCCACCGCACCACCUUCAACCCAGCACAGCUGGAACAGCUGGAGUCAGCCUUUGGGAAGAACCAGUACCCUGACAUCUGGGCCCGAGAGGGACUUGCCCAAGACACUGGCCUCAGUGAAGCCAGAAUCCAGGUCUGGUUCCAGAACCGCAGAGCUAAGGAACGGAAGCAAGAGCGGGCGCUGCUCCAGCCGCUAGCCCGUCUGUCUCCUGCCUCCUUCUCUGGCUUCUUGCCAGAGUCCCCUGCUUAUCCCUACCCCUACACAACACCACCUCCCCCAGUGGCCUGCUUCCCUCACCCCUACAACCACACUCUCUCCUCCCCACCCUCCACAGGUGCCUCAUUCACUCUUCCUCCCCAGCCUGAGGACUGGUACAACACCUUACACCCAACCCCUGGUCAUCUGCCCUGUCCCCCACCCCCACCCAUGUUUCCCCUCAGCCUUGAGACACCAAAACCCUGGAACUAA